GUUUCGCUCGGCUCCCGUCCGUCCUGCCGGUGGCAAUGGCUGUGGCUGUGGCUGGGGUUCUGCGAGGCGGUCUCCCGCCCCAGGCGGGCCGGCUGCCCACCCUCCAGAUCGUCCGCUGUGGUUCCAAGGCUGUUACCCGCCAUCGUCGUGUGAUGCACUUUGAGCGGCAGAAACUGAUGGCCGUGACUGAGUAUAUCCCCCCCAAACCUGCUGUCAACCCUAGGUGCCUGGCACCUCCCCCAAAGCCUUUGCAGGAGGAGACAGGCCUCCUGCGGCUCCUGCGCCGGGAGGUAGCCGCGGUUUUCCGAGACAACCGGAUGAUCGCCAUCUGUCAGAACGUGGCUCUGAGUGCGGAGGACAAGCUGCUCAUGCGACACCGGCUGCGGAAACACAAUAUUUUGAUGAAGGUCUUCCCUAACCAGGUGCUGAAGCCCUUCCUGGAGGCUUCCAAGUACCAGAACCUGCUGCCCCUCUUCGUGGGGCACACCAUGCUGCUGGUCAGCGAGGAGCCCAAAGUCAAGGAGAUGGUGCGGAUCUUGAGGGGCGUGCCUUUCCUGCCGCUGCUGGGUGGCUGCGUGGACGACACCAUCCUCAGCAGGCAGGGCUUCAUCAACUACUCCAAGCUCCCCAGCCUGGCGCUGGUGCAGGGGGAGCUGGUGGGAGGGCUCACCCUGCUCGUGGCCCAGACCCACUCCUUGCUCCAGCACCAGCCCCUCCAGCUGACCGCGCUGUUGGAUCAGUAUGUCAGACAGCAGCGCGAGGGGGCCCCGGGCACGCCAGCCGGUGGGCCGCCCGGCCCUCCCAGCGCUGUUGCGGACCCGUAGCCAGCCUGUUGUGCCCAGCCUGCCCGUGAAUGCGCCCUGCCCCGCGGGCUGUGCUGUCCUCCCGGAGACGUGGAAGAGCUUGGGGUGGCGAGUGGCACGUCCCCCCGACUUCUGCUGCCAGUGACCUCCUCGGAUGAAGAAGGAUUUCAUUUCAGAAUGGAGACUUUUAAUCACCGUGUUUGUUCUUAGUUUUCCCAACUUGGGACCUGACGGGAGCAGAGUCUCAGCUCUCCAGGUUCAAGGCAGAGAACAGAACAGAUGGGGACAGUGCCCUCUGCCGCGUGGUCACUGUCCCUUGCACACGUCUCCCAGCCUGUCCCCUCCUUGUCAGAAUAGCUCUACUGAGCAGUUGUGCUGGGAAUGGCUUCUGCAGAGAGCCUGCCAUGCCGGAGUGUGUGCUGACCACGUUCUAGGUGUUAGUUCUUCUGUUUCCCGGGCAGAGAAGUUAAAGAGCCCGCCCAAGGUCACGUGGUUGGUACGUGGCAGACCAGGGACUUGAACCAGGCUCUCUCUGUUCUGAAGACUGUGCUCUGGAUUUCGACACUAGAUCUUCCUCAUUAAAGUCCCAGUUGGGCUUGGAUGUUAAUUCUCCACCCUUUGGGUGUGCCAUGUGGAAAAGUUGAGAACGCUGCUUUGUGAUUAAAAACUGCAUUUUA